AUGUUCCGGUGCCGCGUGGCUACUAGACUGGUGCGGGCGCUCGGCCCAAGGUCGCGGGGUCGGGCGGGGGCAGGCACCUUUUUUCAGCGAUGGAAAACCCCCUUAGAAGUCCAGCUGAGCAGACAAAUGGCUAGCUCUGGUGUUCCUGGGGGCAAAGGCGAUAAUGCUGUCUUUGCCCUCCUUGUGGGCUUAUCCACCUUAGGAGCAGGGACCUAUGUUUACAGGACAUUGCAGGAAGACAAACAGCGUUACAAUGAGCGGAUUGAAGCAAUGGGCGUCAGCCGCCAGCAAGAAGCGAAGCCGCCAGCAGAAGCAGAUGCUGCCUCCCAGAGCACAACAGCCCCCGAAACAGAAGCCAGCGCUCGCCCGGAGUGUCCAUCCCAUGCUCCUUUCCUACUGAUUGGUGGAGGCACUGCUGCUUUUGCAGCCGCCAGGUCCAUCCGGGCUCGGGACCCUGGUGCCAGGGUGCUGAUUGUGUCGGAAGAUCCCGAGCUUCCUUACAUGCGGCCCCCCCUUUCCAAAGAGCUGUGGUUUUCCGAAGACCCGGAUGUCACGGAAACUCUGCGGUUCAAACAGUGGAACGGCAAAGAGCGGAGUAUAUACUUCCAGCCACCUUCUUUCUACGUACCUGCUCGUGAUCUGCCUUACAUAGAGAAUGGAGGAGUGGCUGUCCUCUCUGGAAGGAAGGUGGUCCACAUGGAUGUCCGAGGCAACGUAGUGAAACUCGAUGACGACACCCAGAUCUCCUACGACAAGUGCUUAAUUGCCACAGGUGGUUCCCCAAGGAAUCUUCCCGUGAUCGAGAGGGCAGGCAAAGAGGUGCUGCAGAGACUCACGCUGUUCCGGAAGAUCGACGACUUCCGCUCACUGGAGAAGAUUUCCAGAGAGGUCAAGUCGAUCACCAUUGUUGGUGGCGGCUUCCUGGGGAGCGAGCUGGCUUGCGCUUUGGGGCGGAAGGCACAGUCGAAGGGCCUGGAGGUGAUCCAGAUGUUCCCGGAGAACGGCAACAUGGGCAAAGUCCUUCCUGAGUACCUAAGCAACUGGACCACAAAUAAAGUUAGGCAUGAGGGGGUGAAUGUGAUGCCCAAUGCAGUGGUGAAGUCAGUGUCUGUCUCUGGGGACCGGCUGCUAAUAAAACUGAAGGAUGGAAGGAAAGUGGAGACGGAUCACAUUGUGGCGGCUGUAGGGCUAGAGCCCAACACGGAGUUGGCGAAGUCAGGGGGCCUGGAGGUGGACUCGGACUUCGGGGGCUUCAGGGUUAACGCAGAGCUGCAGGCCCGUUCCAAUAUCUGGGUGGCAGGGGAUGCUGCCUGCUUCUAUGACAUCAAGCUGGGCAGGCGACGGGUGGAGCACCACGAUCACGCCGUUGUGAGUGGAAGGCUGGCGGGAGAAAAUAUGACGGGCGCGACGAAGCCAUAUUGGCACCAGUCCAUGUUCUGGAGCGAUCUCGGCCCUGAUGUAGGCUAUGAGGCUAUCGGUCUUGUAGACAGCAGCUUGCCUACUGUGGGAGUAUUUGCUAAAGCGACAGCAAAGGACACCCCAAAAUCUGCGACAGAGCAGUCAGGAACUGGAAUCCGCUCCGAAAGCGAAACUGAGACCGAAGCCUUGGAGCUCAAGGUCUCGGCCGCCUCCCCUUCCAGCCUACAGGUGCCGCAGCAGGGAGAGGAUUAUGGCAAAGGAGUCGUCUUCUACCUCAGGGAUAAAGUGGUGGUGGGAAUCGUGCUAUGGAACAUUUUCAACAGGAUGCCGAUUGCUCGAAAGAUCAUUAAAGAUGGGGAAGAGCACGCCGACCUCAAUGAAGUUGCCAAGCUCUUUAACAUCCAUGAGGAGUGAAUGCUGCGGGCAGCCUCUGCCCUCAGGCAAGGAUGCGGUUGGAAACAGCA